GUGGCUCAGAGGAUGUUAGAGGCGCGCCGGACGACCGCCGAGCAGACUCCCCGGCUUCCAGCCGCGAGCUCCGGUCUCCCGCCAUGGCCCCCUCUCCGCCCCCCGCCUCCUUCUCACCGGUCGAGGUCCAGCGGCGCCUGGCGGCCGGCGCCUGCUGGGUCCGCUGCGGGGCUCGCCUCUACGACCUCACUGACUUCGUGCGGCACCACCCGGGGGGCGAGCAGCUGCUGCGGGCCCGGGCUGGCCAGGAUGUCAGCGCCGACCUGGAUGGGCCGCCGCACCGGCACUCGGCCAACGCGCGCCGCUGGCUCGAGCAGUACUACGUGGGCGAGCUGCAAGGAGACCCUCAGGGUUCCAUGGAGAAUGGGGCUGUAGCCUCUGCAAACACUCAGAAGAUAGACCCUGUGUUGGAGCCGAAGUUCAAAGUGGUGGACUGGGACAAGGACUUGGUAGAUUGGCAGAAGCCCCUGCUGUGGCAGGUAGGCCACCUGGGAGAGAAGUAUGAUGAGUGGGUCCACCAGCCAGUGAUCAGGCCCAUCCGCCUCUUCCACUCAGACUUCAUCGAGUCCCUCACCAAGACUGUCUGGUACAAUGUCCCCAUCAUCUGGAUGCCCCUGAUUCUGUACCUCAGUUGGUCCUACUACCAAACCCUCGCCCAGGGCAACGUUCGACUCUUCACAUCCUUCACCACAGAGUACUCAGUGGCCGUGCCUGAGUCCACAUUCCCGGGCCUCUUCAUACUGGGGGUGUUCCUCUGGAGCCUGGCAGAGUAUAUCCUCCACCGCUUCCUGUUUCACAUGAAGCCACCCAGCAACAGCUAUUACCUCAUCACGCUGCACUUCAUCUUGCACGGCCAGCACCACAAGGCACCCUUCGAUGAGUCCCGGCUGGUCUUUCCCCCUGUGCCAGCUUCUCUGUUCAUUGUCCUCUUCUAUGCAUUCUUACGGCUCCUCCUGCCCGAGGCGGUGGCAGGCUCUGUGUUUGCGGGAGGCCUCCUGGGCUACGUCAUCUACGAUGUGACCCACUACUACCUGCACUUCGGCUCACCACACAAGGGCUCCUACCUGUACAACAUGAAGGCCUACCACGUCAAGCAUCACUUCACACACCAGAAGUCAGGAUUUGGCAUCAGUACUAAAUUGUGGGAUUACUUAUUCCACACCCUUUCACCGGAAGAGCCCCACCCGAAGACGCAGUGACAACUCCCAGCCCCGCCUUCCCGGCCCCUGCCUUCCCCACCCAACAAGACCCUGCACAGCUUGGCCUGGCCAGGCAGGAGCGGCUUUGUCCUGCCCUCUGGCUCAGUGGAGGGUGCUGGCAAGACUCUGAAGAAUGAGGCUGGCCCUGCAACUGCCUGCCUGACCCACCACAGGAGGGUCACAUCCACUUGGUGGCCAAAUGCCUCUCGGGGACUGGCUCCUUCCCGGAGCCUCCUGGCCCCUCCGCUGGCAUCCCUGCCCAGAACCUAGCCCACAGGACUGCUUAGGACUCAGCCAGCGGGGACUUUGCAAAGGGGAAUGAAGGAAACUGACCCCUGGCGCUAGGCCUGAGCACCCCCAGGAGCUGCCCCCCAUGGCGCAGCUGCCUGGGGAGGAUUUGGCGGCUCCAGAAACACUAAGGUGGAUGAAGGGCUCUCAUGAGAAGAGACAGCAUGAUGCCUUCUACAGGCCACCCUCAGAUCCUAGGGCAGCACCUUUGCCCCCUGCCAAACAGGCUGUGGCCCAUCCAGCAUCCACACGCCCAGCCCUCACCUGCCUGGGCCGGUGGGCCGAAGUGGCUGGCGCUGGCCUGAAGGCUGGUGGGAGCCCAGGCUUUUCUUUGGGAACUGCCGGCUCUAGACAUCUCUCUCCUGCCUCCAGAAUCACAAAGCUUUUCCCCAAGGGUUACAGAGACCUCUCCAUGGGCGGGAGUCCCACCCUGUUCCCAGCAGUUCUUGGCCCCCACCUGGCAUAGCUGGGCCCCUGGCCCCUCACUCAGGACCCUCCCAGCCAGUGCCUCCUGAAGCGGAGAAGGAGCCUCCGUGUGGUGCCUUAUCUCCCUCUCCCUUUGCUUCCUGGCCACCCCCCAGCAGGUGACGUUCCUGCCCCUUCUUCCUCAUAACCAAAACCCUCACUGCUCUUAAGAGGGUCUUAUUUAUAAACUCCAUGAAUGCCCUUAGUCUGAUCCCAGACCAAGUAGCUGCUCAGACUGCCUUAUCUAAUCCUACGUGUCAAGCUUAUAUAAAAAAAGUUUUGUCCUAUUUUGUUCCCUUCUUACCCACAAACUGUUACUACUUGAAAUUAAAAAAAAAACUCGAAGAGUGUAAAGGCUAAAGAGAAGCAUUUUGACUGUUCCUGUGAUUUGUACUGUUUACUGCGGACUUAUUUAAAGAUUUUGGAAUAAAUAUACAAACUACAGUUGUGAAAUAAAGGUGUAAAUAAAUUGUAUAUUUUGAAAAAUAAAAACAUUGAUAAAGAAACUCACAAAGAUGAGUUGCUACUUGUGAUGGCAACUAAUCAGAUUUCACCAUGGCUGGGGACGGGCCAUAAGGUAGUGGGA